AUGGCAAGCAUCCAGCUCCCACUCGAGGCAUUUACCUCGCGCCUGAACCUCGGCGAGAGACUCAAUGGCAUUCGCUCCCAGUCGAUGUCCAGCCGUUUCGCCAACUUACGACCUGUCUCCGAGUUCCUGGACAUCAAGCGUGUCUCUAAACCUGCCAACUUCUCUGAAUUCCAGAGCCGCGCAAGCUAUAACCUCUCCUACUUCUCCAGCAACUAUGUUGUUGUUUUUAUCGUUCUCAGCAUCUACAGUCUACUCACCAACCUGGCCCUUCUCUUUGUUAUCCUCCUCGUCCUUGGAGGCUCAUACGGUAUUGGCAAACUGGAAGGCAGGGACCUAGACGUCGGUGUCUUUAGAGCCACCACUAGCCAACUAUACACUGCUCUCUUGGUUGUUGCACUUCCGCUAGGCCUCUGGGCAUCACCAUUGUCGACUGCCUUAUGGCUCACUUGUGCCACCGCCAAUCGAGAAUGCUUUUUCGGAGGAGGCGGUCUAGGUGGUCGACCGCGAGCUCCUUGUGAUGUGCCCCUAUGGGGAAGACCGCUGGGGGCAUUGCGCGCGGGGAAGAGUCAGGAGAUUCAGAUUAACCCGGUGGAAAGUGACAGCGAAGAAGAUGGAGGAGAUGAAGGGGACCAAGGGGUGUCUUUGGUUCCUUUUAUUGGAGAUAAAGCGGGGGAAAGUUGUAGUGAAGGCGAUGUGAUACCCGGAGAGUGGUCCGAGAGUGAUGAAUAUGAAGAUAAGGAUGAAGAUGAUUAUUCAGACAAUGAUGAUCCCGGCCCGUCGACAGGGUAUGGCAUGCAUGGCCUAUCACACAAUGACACCAUUGCAUAUGCAGUGGAACUAGCCAUGCGGGAUGAUGACGAUGUGCUGGUUGAAAAUGCGCUAGAAAAGAUACGAUAUGCUCGAACGCGCGGACAGAACAGUUUUACCCUUACCGACAGGGAGGUAGCUGCUUUGGACAGGAGGAGACGGCGGAGCGCUGAGGUAGAACUCAGUCGGCCACAGGCCCAAACCACCACCGACAGAACUAUAACGCCACCAAGGCGCGAGACCAAACAGAGAUCUGGCUCUUCUAGGAAAAGGAGGCCCUCCGACUCCACGAGCGUUGCUGAUAUAGCAUAUACAUCGGCAUAUCUUGGGCACUACAGCAUUCCAGCUUCUCCAGUCCCUAGCCAUUCUUCCAUCAGGAGACCCUCCAACAAACCCCACAAGUCACGUUCUCAAGCUUCAGCUAGGAAUCCAUUAGACAUUCCACCGCCACAACCUCAGUUCUACGCCUUUAGCCCGCACCCUCCGAUGCCACCAACUCCUGCUACAGCUAGCGCAAUACCUCUAUCUGUACCGCAGUCUCCGUACCCCAUGUACCCUCGGCCAGCCUAUCCACCGCCUGCUCCAAAUAUCAUGUGUCAACCCAUCUUCUCCCCUUCAAUUCCUAGCACAUAUAUGAAUCACCCCUCUCCCGAUCCAUUUGCAUCAUAUGGACCACGUCCACCACUAGACCCCCGAACCACGGUUGGGAGCAAAGGUAGUGAUACUGGUACUCCAUUCGCAAAUCCCAAUCCCAACGGCAGGACGGAAGGACUGGCGCGUCGAGCAAAGACCGUACCCAAGACAACUUCCAAAAUGUCAAGGUCAAAACCUACCAAGGCGCCUGAUACCCCCGCGCCUGAACCUGCAACUCCUGCCACCUCUGCCACGACCGAAACAUCCAAGUCACCUUCUCCCAAAUCUACUAUCACUGCAGGCCGGAACGGCUUCAUUCGACCAAAGAGAAAAAAACACCGAUGGUUUUAA